CGCUGCCGGAGAGGCGGCGGAGUGCGGCUUCAGUAGAGCGCUCCGAGCCGCAGACCGACACGGAGGAGGACACCGGGCACCGACGCUGCACCUCACCCACAGCAAAUUCACAGUUUAGUUUCUGACCGUCACAACAAGAAGAUGCCACUGGGAGAGGAAUGCCACGCCUGGAAAAAGAAGACUGCAGAUGUGAAGGAGAUUUAUGAUUUCAAAGACAUCUUGGGAACGGGAGCGUUCUCUGAGGUGGUCCUGGCCGAGGAGAAGAGAACUCAGAGAUUGGUCGCUAUCAAGUGCAUCCCCAAGAAGGCUUUGGAGGGCAAAGAAAACAGCAUUGAGAAUGAGAUAGCAGUUCUGCACAAGAUUAAACAUGCCAACAUUGUGUCUCUGGAAGAGAUAUUUGAGAGCAAAUCGCAUCUCUACCUUGUCAUGCAGCUGGUGUCUGGUGGCGAACUCUUCGAUCGUAUCAUUGAGAAGGGCUUCUACACAGAGAAAGACGCCAGUAAGCUCAUUCAGCAGAUCCUGGAUGCUGUUAAAUACCUCCAUGACAUGGGCAUUGUGCACCGUGACCUCAAGCCCGAGAACCUGCUGUACUACAGCAUGGACGAAGACUCCAAAAUCAUGAUCAGUGACUUUGGCCUUUCUAAAAUUGAGGGUUCUGGCAGCGUGAUGUCCACCGCCUGUGGGACGCCGGGAUAUGUUGCUCCCGAGGUUUUGGCUCAGAAACCCUACAGUAAAGCAGUGGACUGCUGGUCUAUUGGUGUCAUAGCUUACAUUCUGUUGUGCGGUUACCCACCCUUCUACGACGAGAACGACGCCAAACUGUUUGAACAGAUCCUGAAAGCAGAGUACGAGUUUGAUUCUCCUUACUGGGACGAUAUCUCAGACUCAGCAAAAGACUUUAUAGUGCAUCUGAUGGAGAAAGACCCAAACACCCGUUACACCUGUGAGCAGGCUCUGCAGCACCCGUGGAUUGCUGGAGAUACUGCCCUGGAGAAGAACAUUCACGAGUCUGUCAGCGCUCAGAUCAAGAAAAACUUUGCAAAGAGCAAGUGGAAGCAAGCGUUCAAUGCCACGGCGGUGGUUCGUCACAUGAGACGUCUGCAGCUGAGCACCGGUCAGGAAGGACCCAACCCCACGCUGCCCAGUCCCUGUCGGAGUCACCUGAUGAUGCCGGGGGAAGACGCAGAGGCCUGCGGCGAGGGCGGCUGCUCCCAGAACGUGGACGGAGGAGCGGAUCAUCUGUCCAACUCUACCUACCGCUGCCACCCCACCAGCAGGGUGUGAUCCCCACCCGCUCCGUUCGCCCCUUCAAUCAGCCCCGAGUCACUUUCCAGUUUUAACCCCGUUCGGUGGAACCAGAGGCGCCGUCUCUCCCCUUAUCUGGUUAGGAAUAAAGCAUCAUUCCAACCUCUCGCCUGCAGGGGGAGCAAGCCUGUCCAGCCUGGGAAGGAAGACAUAAAAUGAGUUGAGGAGGAGGAAGAUGAAGACUUGAUAAUGAUGGAUGUACUAGAGCAGAUUUUUUUUUUUUGGGAGGAGUUAAAUAAAGGGGGAAAGGAUACAGAGGAGGGAGGGAGGGAGUGACAGCCUCCUCCACCAGCGUGUCUGGGGAAUUGUGUUUGCCGAAGCAGGACAGAGCUUGUUGGACACUGUUUUAUUACAGUUAUUUUAUUAUUAUUAUUUUUUUUUUAAAUCAACGUGUCUCUCUUUGUUAUGAUUGUUUUGUAUAUUUUGUGUUGUCUUUUUGCCUCCUACUGUUCUAGAUUGGAGUGUAAACCCAGAAACAAUAUCAGCAUGACGAGGAGAGAACUUCCCAAUGCAUGCUAGUUAUAUUUACAGACACGCUGCUGCAGGAAUGCAGCAUUAAAGUAUGAUGCAAAUGAAUUGUCGGAUCAACAGAGCAUUUUACUGUGUUGCAGUAUUUGAAACGAAACAUCAAAUAGUCCUACGAAUACAGAUAUUCAGUGUCUUUCAGUCAGGUUUUUAGACAAUCAGCAACAGAGUAGUUUAUGCAAAGAGGACUUCAUAUAUUUACUAUGUAGCCGUUGUGUUUCCAUGCAGCAGUUUGGCUUUCUGAGAGGAAAAGGCUUCUAAUUUCUCUCUUUUUGUUUGUUUGUUGUUUUUUUUUUUUAAACCCAAAACCUCUUUAACUACUUGAGCACAGGGAUUUCUCUUUCUCUAAGGUGCCUUUAGGAUUUACAGAAUGAUGGGUUUUUUUGGUGAUGGGUAGCAUCUAAAAAGUGUGUUCCUGCAGAGUCACUGCGACACAAACUUCAUUGCUUGUUUAUGUGUCACAUUUUCAGCUUCAGAUGCGGAUCCUUUUACUUUCUCUGAGUCGUUUGGCAAGUACUCUCAGACUGAGGCCGGAAAAAAACUGAUUUUGUUUAUCACAAGGCAAAAAGAAAUAAUAAUGUCGCAAUGAAAAUUGGUUAAUCAAUAUUUUUGCGUUCGUCAAAGAUACUUUUCAAUGCAUGUAGCCUUUCUUCAGGUAGGCUGAAUUAGAUUACAUUAUUUUUGGGGACGCAUAUUAAAUUGCAAUUGCAGAUUUUAUUUUGCAUCUGUCUCCAUGUAUUCUACUGUUACUGUGUGCUGUUAGUCCCUUUCUAUCUCCAUGUAUAUUUCCCAUAAUUGAAUUGUUUAAAAAAAAAAAUCAGAUUCACAACAGUUAUUUUUACAUUCAGGUCCCUUUAAAAGCACCAGUGUUGAUCUUUUAUUCAGCUUUUCCAAAAUAACUACACUGCACAUUUCUGUGAUUUGUGUUUAUCAUGUUGCUGCUUACCUGCUUUGGAUUGGUAAUCGAGGAAAAUGUCGCUAAACAAUCCAUACUUCAUCCUCUGGGACCUUUUAACAGCGACACACUACUCUGAAAAACUGGCGCAGGUGAGGAUCUUCUACCAACACAAACUUGACUCAGCCUCUCAUGUUGUUCUAGACUUGAUAUAAUAAUGUUUCCUUUGUAAGCUGUUUCAUUUUUCUCUCUGACACAUUAAUAGUUCUGAUAUAAUCCGGUGCUGGUUAUGUAUGUUUGCAUGACGUGGCUUGAAAAUCGUGGCAUUCUUUCUACAUUGUGAUCAAGUUGCAGGUGUCAGGAGAUGAGUGCUGGUAAAAUUCAAUUAUUUCUCAGAGGUUUUAAUUAAAACAUCCCGUCGUGCAGACAGGAGAAGCGCUAGAGAUGUUGUAACCAUGGUGCAGCGGGGAAAAGCAAGAUUAAUGUGCAGCUACAAGGAGUUUUUUUAGGCUUUGUUUUUGCAGUUUUUUUUUUUUUUCUGGAUAGGCAUUCAGGUGUAUAUGGACAGUGAUACAACUGGUAAUUUCAAACUGCAUGUAAAGCAUAUUCAAAUAAGUAUUUUUUUUUUCAAAAUGAGGAAGUAGUGAUGUGAAUCUAAAUAAUAAGUAUUAUUAUGAGAAGAGGUACAUGUCAUCAGCAGAUCCUCUUUUAUCAAAACAAUUUGACUUCCUGCACUCAUUUAUAGUUCAUAUUCAAUAUACUGCAAGGUCUUAUGCAGGUCAGUACAGUUCAUGAGGAAUUUAAUCAGAAACAAUUAGUUUUCACCAUUUUUAUUAUUAUUUAGUGUUUUUAAACAAGUGAAUAAGAGAUCCUAACCAUAUCCCUGUACCUGACCACUAACACAACAGAGAAUAGAGGCCGUGGUGACAUUAAGCUCACAAGUUCUUUUGAGUGUAGAACAUGCUUUUAAAAACUGCCAAAGUCUAAACAUAAUGAUAAAAUUGAUAAAUUCAGUAUGUUACAUGUCUUUACACUGCACCAAAAAAAAAAAGGAUUUGUAUGAGUGUUUUUCCUUUGAUUCGAUCGCUCAUUAUAUGCUUAUAGAAAAAAAAAAAAGACCAACGUGUGGUAAGAUUUGUUGUACAAAUGAGUAUUUGCACCAUAAAUAUGUUGCCUUCUAAUAAAUGCUAUUUUGGGCUACAGUAUAAACAGAUGCAAUGCAUCAUGGGUUUUUGAAAAGUGAACUUUACUCAGUUUGAAAGCUGGUGACUUGUGCUUGGAGCAUAUUUGUAAGUGAAACACACAUUAAAACCCCUGUCUAUGCAUC